CUAGCUGUCAAUUGAACAGAAGGCGAGCAAAUUUGCAGUGUUGGUUUGCCGAGAAGCAGUGAGAUUCCAUUCCCGCACGGAGCAGAAAUAAAUUACAAACCUACAAUCAUGUCGCUGGUUUCGCACAUUCUGCGCCGUUCCAUCUCGCAAUCAAUCGCCCGCAAUGCCCAGGUCGGUGGACCAUCUGCCGUGGCCGGCCAUGAAGCCGGUGGCUACAAGGUGUGGAAGAAGCUGUCGUUCUUUGUGGCCAUGCCCGCCGUCGGUCUGUGCAUGCUGAACGCUUACCUGAAGCACCAGGAGGAACACGGCCACCCGCAGCCGGAGUUCGUCAAGUACGAGCACCUGCGCAUCCGCAACAAGCGUUUCCCGUGGGGCGAGGGCAACAAGAGCCUGUUCCACAACCCACACACCAACGCGCUGCCGGACGGUUACGAGCACUAGAGACGAGAUGCGCGACGGAUCACGUACAUCCCCCCUGGCGGCAUCAAACAUCCGGUAGUGAACGCCACAAGGAAAGGAGCGGGAGGGACGUUCCAUCGGGUAUCUGCCGCUUCCAGCCGGCAAAUAGUGUUGUUUAAAUAAAUUCUGCGACCGAGUAUGAUUCAAUAAUGAUAA